AAUAAUGUACAAGCAAGAUUGGACAGGGCCACGGCAAAUGAAUCUUUCUUGGCCGGCCAUCGACUUUCGCUAGAGGGUUUAUGUAUGAAGAAAUGUGGUCACGGCAUGAAACUUACGAUGAUAUGGUGAAGAAUGCAUGGCUGUCAACUGUUGGACAUGGGGAAAGUGUUGUAGGUCUAUGUAACAGGCUGAGGGAGGUAUCAAAAGAAAUGCAAUCCUGGAGCUAUAAUACUUUUGGGUCAGUCCGCAAAGAAAUUAAAAAGCUGAAGGGAGAGAUUGAAAAGGCCAAAGAGCAUGCUCUAAUCUCGGAUUCCUCACUGGAGGUACGGAAUUUAGAGCGACGGCUGCAUGAUGUCUAUGAAACUGAAGAAAUUAUGUAUCGACAGCGCUCUAGACAAGAGUGGCUCAAAGCGGGUGACCGCAACACUAAAUUUUUCCAGAACCGAGCAACUCAUCGACGGCGAAAGAAUACGGUCCGUUUUCUCCUGCGCCCUGACGGCAGUAGGUGUGAUACGGAUGAGGCUAUGCGCAACCUGGCACAAUCUUUUUAUGCCACUCUGUACACCUCGGAAGGGGCCUCAAACAUGGAUCGAAUUCUGAAUCGUAUUGAAGAGGUAGUGGACAGGGAUAUGAAUGGGAAGCUGACUGCAGCUAUCUCUGAUAAGGAAAUAGAGACGGCCCUCUUCCAAAUGGGGCCGACGAAGUCACCUGGGCCGGAUGGGCUUCCUGCACUGUUUUUUCAACGCCAUUGGGCUGAUUUGAAGACGGCAGUGUGCAGAGCUGUGAGGGAUUUUUUGGCGGGAAAGGAGUGUCCCGAUGACUUCAAUGAUACUGUGUUGGUACUGAUACCGAAGGUGAACUCGCCUGAAUCGCUAUCGCAAUUCCGUCCAAUUAGUCUUUGCAAUGUGCUGUAUAAGAUCGCCUCAAAAGUGUUGGCUAAUAGGCUAAAAGGGAUCCUUCCAAUUCUAAUCUCAGAGGAACAGAGUGCAUUCGUUCCGGGGCGGUUGAUCACUGACAAUGUAUUUGUGGCCUAUGAAUGUACACAGGCAAUUCGGACAAGAAAGCGAAAAACCCCUUUGUGUGCGGUCAAGCUAGACAUGGUAAAGGCGUAUGAUCGGGUCGAAUGGAUAUUUCUUGAGAAGAUGAUGCGGACGUUGGGGUUUUCAGAGGUCUGGGUAGGGAUGGUUAUGAGGUGCAUUACCACUGUCCGAUUCUCAGUGAAAUUAAAUGGAGGACUAUCUGACAGCUUCCUACCGUCUAGAGGAUUACGACAGGGUGACCCGCUAUCCCCCUACCUGUUCCUGUUCUGCGUCGAGGGAUUCUCGGCCCUACUAAAAGAAGCACAACAUGAAAAUCUGUUGAGGGGAGUCCAAUUUGGGGCGGGUGGCCCUCAUGUUACCCACCUUCUCUUCGCGGAUGAUAGUGUAGUUUUUCUUGAGGCUACCGAAGACAGCAUGAACACUCUCAAGAGAAUACUGUGUGACUAUGAGGCUAGCUCGGGGCAGAAAGUCAAUCUCCAAAAAUCAUCUGUCUUUUUUGGGAAAGGGUGUCGAGAGGAGGUGAAGAAUGGGCUGAAGCAGCAGAUAGGUAUUGAAGCCGAGGCUCUUUCUGAGAAAUACUUGGGACUGCCCACUGUUGUCGGUAAGUCGAAGGAUGGCUGCUUCAAACAUUUGCGUGAGCGAUCGUGGGGGAAAGUUAAAGGUCUUAAAGGACAAGGAAUGUCAAAGGAAGGUAGAAGCAUCUUAGUGAAAUCAAUUUUGCAAGCUGUGCCAGCCUAUGCGAUGAGCUGUUUUCUCCUCACAAAAAAGUUCUGUAAGCAACUGAGCUCUAUUUCUUCGAACUUCUGGUGGGGAGAUUCAGAGGGACAAAAAAAGGUUCAUUGGAUUGGUUGGGACAGAAUGUGCAAGAAUAAGGCAAGGGGAGGGUUGGGCUUCCGAGACUAUGAAUGUUUCAACCAAGCUUUUCUAGCGAAGCAAGGGUGGAGGAUGAUCACUCAGCCCGACUCCCUGUGUGCUAGGGUGCUGAAGGCGAGGUACUUCAAGGAGGGGGAUUUCUUGACUGCAAGUUGCCCCAAACGAGCCUCAUACACCUGGAGAGGCAUCAUACAUGGCCGAGACCUCCUGAGAGCAGGCUUGGUGUGGCGCAUAGGGGAUGGUACAUCCAUAAAGGUGCAUGAGGACAAUUGGAUUCCGAGAUCAGGUGCUCAAUGUCCACUGGGACAAAGAGAGGAAGAAUGCCCGAGGCUAGUAAGCGAGUUCAUUGUGCCUGAGGGGGGUGCGUGGAAUGAGGAGAUGGUCCGGCAACAUUUCUUUGAUAUCGAUGCUGCCGACAUUCUGUGCACUCCAGUUGGACGCCCGGGUACACAAGACUUCAGAGCUUGGAACUACACAAAAAAUGGUGUUUUUUCGGUUAAAUCGGCUUACCACUUGGCGGUUCAGAGAAAGAGAGAUGCUAGAGGUGCUACUGAAUCGUCAAGAUCAUGCCAAGAUCACAAGGGGUGGCUGGCGCUGUGGGAUACUCCAGUACCGGGGAAGGUGAAGGUGCACAUGUGGAGGCUAGUGGAAAAUGGCCUGGCAGUGGGAACGGAGCUCAGUCAUAGGAGAAUAAAAGACGGCGUUGUCUGUCUAGCGUGCGGCAGAUCCGAGAGCUUGGUUCAUCGCUUCUGGACUUGUCCCCAUUCGGCUUCGGCAUGGUCACUCCUCUCGGCCCAGACGGGAGUCAAGUUGGAUUCCCUGCCAAAAAGACUAGCUUGCCAUGCAGACCUCAAAGGCUGGUUAUUGGAUUGGAUAGGUCGGCGUUCCGCGGAUGAAGCCGCCUGGUUCUUUAUGCUGAUUUAUAAUUUGUGGCUAGCCAGGAACAAUGCCCGGGAGACUCAUAGACUGGAUGACCCAAGUAAGGUUGUCGCUCAGACUAUUGCUCAGGUUGAGGAAUGGCGGAAUUUGAAAUCCUCAGGACCGUGUGUGGCCGCUCCGGUUGAGCGCUGGCUUCCACCGACACAGGACUGGGUAAAGGUGAACACUGACGGAGCUUUUCGCCAAGGAGAAUGCAACGGAGGGGCGGGCGUGGUUAUCCGAGACCACCAUGGUGACUUCCUCGCGGGAGCUUGCCAUUUUUUCACCCAUGUUGCUGAUGCCGAAGGCGCGGAGCUGUUGGCAUGUCGCCGGGGACUCAUCUUGGCAAAGGAGCUACAGGUUGCUCGGGUAAUACUGGAAACUGAUAGUACCGGGGUAAGAGCCAAGCUGCUGAAGGAGGAGAUGGACCGAUCUUCUCAUGGCCCGCUUGUGGAGGAAGUGAAGGCACUUCUUCGGACCUUUGGUGAUGCUUCCGUGCAGGCGGUUCGUCGUUCUGCUAAUAGAGUAGCUCACGUCUUAGCGAAAGAAGGCUGCGACAAUAAUGUUUGUAGGAUUUGGCUUGGUGCUCCACCAGCUUUUAUUAGGGACACAAUUGUAUCAGACAAUUUGAUGUUUUAA